CAUACAGAGCUAAAGCUCAAAGGUUAAAGCAUCUAGAUUUUUUAGCGAGAGAGAAUAAGUAGUUUUUAAGAGGAGAUUUAGAAAGCUUGAAGUGCUUUUAGUUUUGAGAUAAAGUUCGUGAGAGUCUGGCAGAUAUGGGAGUUUUGCUAGAACAAAAUGUUAGCAAUUCCGCUUUGCCAUUGUUAUCUCUAAACCAUGUAUCAUACCUUUGUAAGUCAGUGACAGAAUCAGCCAAGUUUUAUCAAGAAGUUCUUGGUUUUGUUCUCAUUAAAAGACCUUCUUCUUUCCAAAUUGAAGGAGCAUGGUUAUUCAACUAUGGAGUUGGGAUACAUUUAUUACAGUGUAAUUCCAUUAAUGAUGUCCAACAAAUGCCAGUAAAAAUCAACCCCAAAGAUAAUCACAUUUCUUUCCAAUGUACAGACAUUGAAUUAGUAAAGAGGAGACUACGAGAGAUGGGGAUGAAGUAUGAAACUGCCCUCGUCGAAGAAGGUGGUGUUUUCGUUGACCAGCUCUUCUUUCACGACCCUGAUGGUUAUAUGAUUGAAAUCUGCAACUGUGACAACAUUCCAAUCGUUCCACUAUCUGGAAGUGCAUGUCUCACGCUUAAGAAGCCCCAAUCCUACGAAGCUACCAAGAAGAGUAAAGCACUUAAUGCCGCAGAGAUGGAGACACGGAUGAUGGAAAGCUUGUUUACCAACAUGAUUGAUAUUGCCAUGUAGAACUCUCAAAUUGAAAUACCAUCUAAAGUU